GUUGUGCUAGUUACGCGCUGGACAAAUAUACAAGUGAAAAUAAAAUAGUCAAGUUUAUGCUCUAAAAGCAUGUCGGCUGUUGAAAAAGAAAAAAACGCUGAAAAUAUGGAGAACGAAAGUAAAGCAGAAAAGACCAAAGCUGUGCAUACUGAGUCCACAGAUGAAAAAUCAAAGGUUAAUGAUAAAGAAGAUGCUGUUGCAAGUGAAAAUUCGAAUGACAGUGAAGGAGCUGGUGCAGGUGAUACCGGCGCAACGGAAGAUGAUAAAAAGCCUUCUGCCAACGAUGAUAAAAAACCAAGAAAUGAGGAUACAGUGUCAGUAAAAAUGAAAAGUUUCAAAAUCAGACGAAAAGUAUUCAAAACAAGUACCACUCAAGUCUUUAAAUUUAUAUAUUCAAAAUCGUCCACGCAAAAGGACACAAAUUCAGAGAAAGUGAAAUCUGAAGAUGAAGAAGCUAGUCUUGAUGGUGCAUCUGAUGAUAAGAAAAAACCCAGCGUCAAAGAAGAUAAAAAGUCAAAUGCUAAGGAGAAGAAUAAUGGAACUGCUGUUGUCAAUGAUAAGAAAAAUGCUGAAAGUAAUGAUGCAAAUGAGAAAAAUAAUAAUAAAAACGAUGAAAAUGAGGAUGAAAAAGAAGAUGACGAAAAUGUGGUAGCUCUAUCUGAAAUAUUCAAAAUUAAUGAAAAUAUCAAUAAAACCCGAGUAGAUGGUCUGCAAACUCUGCAUGCAAUUUGCUUUGGUUCCCCGGGAAAAUAUAAUGUUGUAAAAAAAAAUUUAAGAACAUUUGCUGGAUUUGAAUAUGAGAAAGAUUCAACUGAAUACAAAAAUAAAUUUAACCAAGUUAAGAAAACAGAUGUCAAAGCACUUAAAGCUAUAUGCGAGAUACUUUGUCUGGAUCGUAAAGGUAAUCGAGAGGAAAUAUCAAAACGUGUUUUUAAAUUCUUAGUGGAACCUGAUGAAAAUUUAUGUGUCGAACCGACAGAAGAUGAUGAGGUUGAUGAGGAAGAGGAAGAAGAUGCUGUUGAAGAACAAGAAGAAAGCGAAGAUGAUAAACGUAAGAAAAAGCAGCCAAGUGGACGAGGGUCUGCAAGAAAUUCAACUGGUCGUCCAAGACGCUCAACAGCUGGAAAAAAAAUGUCAGCUUAUGUUGACUUUUCAAGCUCGGAAGAGAGUGAACGUAAAGCUGUACCGACCAAGCGACGAAGAAAUAAUGAUGAUUCUGAAUCUGAAUCAGAUUACAAUCCGUCUGCUAAUUCGGAUUCUGACGCUGGUCGUGCGCGCAAAACAUCUAUACGUAGUGGCCGUGGUAGACCCGCACGUAAAAGUCAACGAGGAAAUUCAGAUUCUGAAGAAGAAGAAUCAGAAUUAUCUGAUGCAGAUAGCGAUGAGCCUAAACGCAAACGUCCUUCCACAAGUAAGCGCGGCAGGGCCGUUAAUGUACGUGGACGAGGACGCGGUGCUUCAGCUCGAAAACGUAAAGAUUCUGAAAGUGAUGAAGUUUCAGAAGAUGAGGAAGAGGAUGAAUUGUCUGAAUUUGGUAGUGACCAGAGUGAAGAAGAGGAAAGAACUAAGAAAAGUAAGAAACCCGUGACACCUGCUAAAAAUAGUAAACCUGUUUCUAAGGCAAAAACACAAACUAAGCCGAGUGGUCGGCCAAAGAAAACAAAGAAAGCAUCAUCUGAUGAAGAUGAUAAAGAUGAGUCAGACGAGGAGCCACUGACUAAAAAGGGCAAAACAUUCCCAACGGACGAGCAAAUCAAGAGUUAUGUAAAGGAAAUUUUAGAUAAGGCUAAUUUAGAAGAAAUAACUAUGAAAACUGUUUGCAAACAGGUUUAUGCUAAGUAUCCUGAUUUUGAUUUAACAGACAAGAAGGACUUUAUAAAAGCUACUGUAAAAUCGUUAAUUGCUGCAUAAGUUUUAAAUCUAGACAAAAUGGAACCAAAAUUAAAUACACAAAUUAAUAAUUUACAAUCAAUUAAUUUUACAAAAAGAAUUUUGUAUAGUUUUUACAGUACAUUGAAAUUUUUUUUGUCUUAAAUAUAAAUUUUUAUAAAAU